AUGCCGAAUCGGGCAUUAAUGGUUAGGUACAGGAAUAUCUCAAUAAUCAAAAUCAAGAUCCAAGUUCAAGAUCCAAGAAAAAGAAUUCCAAACAAAAAAAAGAUGCAAGUUUUGUUGCUAAUAGCGUUUCUUGUGUCGGUGGUGACGGCCAAGACGCAUGUGUAUAACUUCAAUAUUACGUAUGUCACCAAAAAUCCCGACGGCUUGCAUGAAAGACGAGUGAUAGGAAUCAAUAACGAAUGGCCUAUUCCCACCAUAAGAGUGAAGCCUCAUGAUAGAGUGGUUAUAAACGUGGACAACCAGCUCGACCGCAACACGUCACUUCAUUUCCAUGGUCUUUUUCAAGAAAAGCAAAAUUUUAUGGAUGGAGCAGAACAAGUGACCCAAUGUCCUAUUCCUCCUGGUCACAAGUUUGUCUAUAAUUUUACCAUUGGAGACCAGUCCGGUACUUACUGGUACCAUUCCCACUCGGGAGCACAAUAUAGUGACGGACUUCGAGGAUUUUUCAUCAUUGAAGAUGAUACUCUUCCUUCUCACGAUGAAGAAGUGAGUAUUUCUGUCAGCGAUUGGUACCAUAAUGAAGCUUCUGUGAUAAUGGGCAAGUUUUUGAACAAGUACAAUCCAACUGGAGCCGAACCAAUACCCCAGAAUGCUCUUGUGAACGAUACCAAGAACAUGACAUGGACGGUUCAGCCAGACAAAACCUACCUUGUCAGAUUUGUCAAUAUGGGAAUGUUUGUGUCCCAGUAUAUUUACUUGGAGGGACACAAGAUGACUAUAGUUGAGGUGGAUGGUGUUCGUGUUAAACCACAGGAAGUGGACUCGUUGUAUAUCACUGUGGCCCAGCGGUAUACUGUCCUUCUUCAUACUAAAGAUACCAAAGAAAACUUUCGUUUUGUGAACAUUAUUGACCAGGAAAUGCUCGAUGUACUUCCAGAAGACUUAGAAGUCAUAUCUACAAACUACUUGGUUUACGAUAAAUCUUCCAAGCUUCCUGAAAGAUUGACAAAUGGUCCAGAUAAAUUUGAAGCAGCCAUUGGCAAAUUGAACCCUUUUGAUGAUUUUUACUUGAAACCUCUCAGCAAGACACCCCUCUUGGACGACUACGACUACCAGAUCGAGCUCAAUUUUACUAUGAAUAACCUUGGCGAUGGAGUCAACUAUGCAUUUUUCAACAAUAUCACCUAUGUGUUGCCCAAAGUACCCACAUUGAUGUCGGUAUUAUCCGCUGGGAAAUUUGCCAAUAAUGCCGGAAUUUAUGGCUCAAACACUCAUACGUACGUUCUUCAAAAAGACGAAGUUGUGGAGAUCGUAUUGAACAAUAUGGAUCCAGGCAAGCACCCAUUCCAUUUACACGGACACAUUUUCCAGUUAAUUUCCAGGUCUCCUGAAGGUGAAGACGACGAUAAUCCACUAGUUUACGACGAGACAAACCCAGAACACAACAACUUUCCAAACCAUCCUAUGAUGCGUGAUACCGUCAUGGUCAAUCCCAAUGGUUUUAUAGUUCUUCGAUUCAAAGCCGACAACCCUGGUGUGUGGUUUUUCCACUGCCAUGUCGACUGGCACUUGGAGCAGGGCUUGGCUAUUACGUUGGUGGAGUCUCCAAUGGAUAUUCUUGCUCAGAAUCUGUCAAUUCCUCAAUCGCACUGGGAUGCUUGCAAGCUUCUGAACACUAUAAGCUACGGCAAUGCUGCAGGAAACUUUGGUCCUGACGAGUCCGAUUGGCUCAAUCUUUCCGGAGAGCUAGUGCAGGCCAAACCGCUUCCCGAGGGCUUCACCACCAAAGGUUAUGUUGCAUUUUUCAUUUGCACAAUUUUGGCUCUUUUUGGAGUGUACUCCAUCUACCGGUACGGCAUUGAAGAUGUCGAUACCAAAGAAAAUGAAGAAACUAUGAGAAAGCUCUAUGCCAUUCUCAGUGCUCACCAGGACAGCGACCAGUACAGUCUUGCUACCAGAGAGGGCGAAACCGAACCAUUGCAAGGGCAUUGA